AAUUUGAGGCAAAGAAAAGCAGCAACUGAUGAUCUGCAGGCGGCUUGCUUUAGGCAGUCGAAGCCGGUCAGUCAUGUUGGACUGAAACUCAACAAAUAAUGUAUGGGUUGCCAUGAAAUAUUGUGCACAGAGGAUGACUCCCGCUGACUUUGGUGAUCCCAUUUUAUCUAGUGCCAUUAUCAGGCCAAAAUAUUUUUUUCUAAUACUUUUGAUUUGUGAUCAAAUAUCUGCUAAACUAAAUGCAUAAUAUUCGCAUCAUUCUCAGAUACACUCAGUGCUAGUUAGCUAACACUCUAAACUAAGAUUGUAAACAGAAUGCCUGUUAAACAUCAACAUUACGUUUGUUGGUGUGAGCAUAUUGGCAUCCUGGCAUUAACAUGGCUGUAGACUUAUUUGUGCUACGUUCAGGGCCGUAGCCAGGUCCCUGGUAAAAGUUGGACCGAAUAUCAAAAAGGAGGUCUCUAAUAAGGUCCACACUGCCAGGAGUAAAACUAUUGUGAAGAAAUAUUAAAUAGUCGCUUGUAAUGUAAUAUUUGAAAUGUUAUAAUGUAAUUAGUCAAAUACUCAGAGCAACCUAUAAAAUACCUGCCCUGUGUAGUAAAUUGUAGAAUGUAACCCCUUCCCCUGGUUGGUAAAACCAUGAAGUAAAGGCCCUGGCAACAUUAUUGUCACUUUAGUGUUACACUGGCGUAAGACAAGAUGCCAGACACGACACUGGAAAUCAGGGCUGAAACUCAUUAUUUUUCAGUUAAUGUCUAGAUCGUUCUUUUCAAUGAUCAGUCUAUAAAAUGUGACUCUUCAUUUGUGCUUUUUUAAGGUUGCAUUGCUGAUUUCCCAUUAGCACUAAAGAGGAUGACCCAAACCAUUCAGUCAUUUGGAAAUGAUCAUCACCCAUCCUGUGUCUCACAUCAGCGAUUAAGAUAGAAUAUGACCCAUCAAGACAGCAGCCUUUCCUGACUGUUUAUGUCAGGCAGUUAACAGUCAACAUCCUACACACAGCACUUCACCCCUCCACGCCCCUGCAGCUGGCACAGACACACUCCAACAUUAAACCAUUUUUAUCCUGCCUGGUGUUUACUAGAAGCCUCCAGCCUCGGCUCUUGGGAUGUCACCACUAUCUUUAAGUGGGAAGCAUCUGGGUAUGUGGGGGUGACAACAGAGGCAGAGGUUACUGGCUGUCAAGUCUGGAGACGUGAGCUGUAUCAGAGGCUUGUGACAGCCUAGAUGGAUCUGGCCAGGAGGCUACUCAUCUUCCAAAUCUCGUCACUAGAUCUGUGAGGUGUUGCGUCCUAAAAUAGUCAGACAGAGAGAGUAUAAAGACACCCACAGGGAGGCUUGGCCUUCAGAGGAACUCCACUGUCGUUACACAGGGGGACACUGGACAGCAAGAGAGCCACACUGAGAAGCACUGCUUGAUCUUUCUGCAGGAAAACAACUGCCCUUGCUUAUUUUUAAGACUUUUUUUUUGUUAGAACUAAGGAAAGUCCAAGUCUGACCAGGAUGAAGUACUAUCAGUGUCCCAUGACCCAGAGCAUGAAGAUCAAGGCUUACACCCAGGACUGUGGUGUCCCAGUUAGCUGCAAGAGCUCAGCUUCGCUGAAGCCAAGCCGCAGUGUGCACUUUCCCAAUGACAUCGUCUUCCAGGACUAUGUGCGACACGGCGAGCUGGAGAGGAUUGGACUUUUCAUCCGAGCCAGAAGAGUCAACCUGGACACCAUCUACCAUUCUGGCAUGGCUGCCCUUCAUGAGGCCGUCCUGUCUGGGAACUUGGAGUGUGUAAAGCUGCUAGUCCACUACGGAGCAGAUAUCCACCAGAGGGAUGAAGAGGGAUGGACCCCACUGCACAUGGCCUGCAGCGAUGGCUUCCCACAUAUUGCACGCUACCUUCUCUCGCUGGGUGCCGACCGUGAGCUGGAGAACGACUGCGGAGAGAAGCCAGCUGACCUCAUUGAACCAGACAACAAGGAGCUGCUGGAACUCUUCGGGCUGGCUGUCAACGACUGAGAACAUCUGGCUUUAAAGCCACAAUCUCGUCUCAAACCUACUGACCAGUCACCUGUCUGUUCUGCGGGGAAAAGCCAGAAAAGGCCACUUCAGUCCAGCAUCCUGAUUUUGUGAGCUGCUUCAGCUCUGGGUGUCAAGGACUGUGGAUGUGUGGUGGAGGGAGGGCUGACAGAGCCCGCUGCUGCCUCCUGAAAGGAGAGAACUUCUGCUGGCAGGGGAUGGCCUCUGAUCUCCAGCAGGGCAGAUGUACUAUAUCCUGUGAGAGGUCUUCCAGUCUUUUUUUAAAGUAAACUUAAUGAAUGAUUUUAUAUGGCAUGUCGCUGGAAUUAGGAUGGCUUCUGAAUGUUGAAACUUGUGUUGCCACUCAGCUCAUUAGCAACUCUCUGAAAGCUAAGAGUGGCAAACCAUACAGGCUUGUGCUGACUGCCAACUGUUUACAGUUAAUCAGAAGUUAUAAUCACUCUGUUUUUUUUAUUUUUUAACUUUAAUUCUGAUUGUAUUGAAUGUAUUCAUGAGUCUUUGUAUUACUUUUUAAAAUAAAGUUUGUCAGACAAUA